AUGGGGGCACAGGAAAACUAUACAGGCAAUUCCGCGUCUUCUGAAUUUUCAACGACGACGACGCCUUCUGGAAGUCCGACGUCUUCUGAAUCCACGUCACCCCAGACUCCGCCCACUUUGGCCACGCCCCCUCCACAACCGCCAUUCUCGGAUAUUCACUGUUUUAUCGAUGAUAAAUUGAGGAAAGAAGUCGAGCUAUUCCACGUCAUCGGCGUCCGGAACCAUGACUCGAAAAUGCUUAUUUCCGGUCCUGGCGAGAAUUUCCGGUUUCUAUUUUUCCACGAAACUACAGUAACCCAAAAAACUUCUGAACCUGUGACGCCUUCUACAGUAGGAACUACAGUAACCCAUAAUGCUACAGUAACCCCACCGGACUCUACUGUAGGAUCUACAGUAGGAUCAACAGUAACCAGCACCUCCGAGUCGACUACAGUAACCCAGGAGUCUACAGUAAUCCCAUCUACAGUAACCCAAGACUUGUGGAAUUCCACGACAUCGGAUACUGUAGUUUUGAAUUCUACAACAAUCCCAAUAGUUUGGCCUACACUAGGAACUACGACAAAAGCCGGACCACAGAACUUUAAUACGCCAUUAGAGCAGUUGUUCACCAACAACGUCACUGUCGCUUGGGAUGAAUCUCUUCAGAAAUUCCAUUUUAUGGUCCCCGAUAAGGCUUUUAGGCAUUAUCAAAUCACCUACAAAACGUACCAAAGCCUGACGGACCACGAGGAUCGAUCUUUGAGAUUUCGGAAUUUGAAAACUCCAGAAAUGGUGUCCAAGAACUUGACAGAGCCCUAUACAUGCCAUUAUAAUGUUAGAAAUAACAACUCGAUUUGCGUCUCAAUUCAUGACCAGUUGGUUACUGUAGGCAGCUACAGUAAGAAUGAGCAAGACAACAGAGAAAAGCGAUUUGUCCUGCCGAAUUUCUUAAGUUUCGACAAGUUUUUCUCCUAUUCUGACAGCCAGGGAAUCGAUUAUAUUCUGAUUCAUCACAGAGGCCAAUGGAUCUAUCGAAUCAAUUUGCAAAUGUAUUUUCUGGAUCAGAACAUGUUUUUCAAAGUUUUUCAGCUUAUAACUCCAGAUGGAGCCUACGCUUUCGUAGAUUUUGAGCAUGCCGAUGAGUUUGGAUUGGUGACGAAAUAUGCGUUUGACGAUAAUCAUUAUCGAUAUUAUUACUCGCUUUUUAGUGAGAAUUCCGGCCUGAACACAUAUUGUGUCCAUGACAAGAAAAUCAACGGGCGAUUGAUGAUUUUGGGGCGAGAAAAAAUCGAACAAGUCAAAUCACCAAUGGAAGCUCUCCGAAUGAAAUUGAAUGUGGCGAAAGGUGAUGAAUACGAAUUUCCGACAAUGCUCCGUUUGCUCUUCUAUUGCUCAUUGACAUAUUUAUCGAUUUUCAUAGCGACUCAAAUGAUUCCAAAUCGGCGGCCACUGAUUUUUAAGGAACUGCGCCACACGGAUCGUGAAAUUCAACGAUUGGCUCCAGUGAUUGAGACGAUUAUGGGAAGGGUCCAUGAAUUCUUGGAAUCUACCAAAAGUCAGAAAACCUCUAAAAAAGCGAAAUAA